AAGAAUUUCAGCAAAAAUAUGUUGCGGGAUCUUACUGUCAAAUGAACAUUAAGAUGUAUAUUGAGGUUUCUACACUGAUGUUAAUACACCAAUGUUAGAUUCUUGUCUUUGUUUUUCUGCACGACUAGACAUCUACGGCGAGCUUGAUGUCUGCCAGCGCAAACUCAGACACAAACUGAGAAAGUUUGAAUACAUAUACGAGGGAGUAACGCAGCACGGGAACCAGACGCUUCUCAACAAGGUGUACACAGAGCUCUACAUCACAGAGGGAGUCAGUGGAAGUGUUAAUAAUGAACAUGAGAUCCGGCAGAUUGAGGCUGCAACCCGGAGACCAGCAUCAGAAGAGAAGCCCAUCAAAUGUGAAGACAUCUUUAAGCCCCUUUGCGGACAAGACAGAUUCAUCAGAAAUGUGCUGACUAAAGGAAUUUCUGGCAUUGGAAAAACCAUCUCUGUGCAGAAGUUUAAUCUGGAAUGGGCCGAGGGGAGAGUUAACCAGGAUAUCCAACUCCUUAUUAACCUCCCAUUUCGGGAGUUGAAUCUGAUGGAGGAGAGACGGUGCACUCUGACACAGCUUCUUCAUCAUUUCCUUGUGGAGGCAGAAGAAUCAGGAAUUUCAAAUUUUGGCAAAUACAAGGUUGUCCUGAUAUUUGAUGGGCUGGAUGAGUGCCGCCUUCCUCUGGACUUUGACCACAACAAGCCCUGUUGCUGUCUGUCUGACGAAGCUUCAGUGGAUGUUCUGCUGACGAAUCUCAUCAAGGGGAACCUGCUGCCCUCUGCACACAUCUGGAUCACCUCCAGGCCGGCAGCUGCAAGUCGCAUUCCAGUGGACCUUGUCAACCGUGUGACAGAGAUACGAGGGUUCAACGACCCCCAGAAGGAAGAAUACUUCAGGAAAAAAAUCUCCGAUCAAAACAUGGCCAAUGAAGUCAUUUCACACGUGAAGUCAACCAGGAGCCUCCAUAUCAUGUGUCACAUACCAGUCUUCAGCUGGAUAUCUGCCACAGUUUUGCAGAAGAUUUUAGAAGAAACAGAAAGGAGAACAGAAGAGGAUGGGGACAGAGGAGAAAUGCCCAACACACUGACACAAAUGUACACACAUUUUCUGCUGUACAACUCAUUCAUCAAAAGUCGGAAGUAUUCAGCAGGACAAGAGGAAGCUGAAGCAAGAUCCCAAGUUAAAAUGAAUGAAGAAAUGAUCUUGAAGCUGGGAAAGCUGGCCUUUGAGCACCUGAUGAAGGGCAACAUGAUCUUCUACGAGAGUGAACUGAAUGAGUACAACAUUGAUGUCAACGACGCUGCAAUAUAUUCAGGAAUGUUCACGCAAAUCUCCAAGCAUGACUUUGGAAUUCCUCUGGGGAGAGUCUAUUGCUUUGUGCAUCUCAGCGUACAGGAGUAUUUUGCUGCAAUGUACAUCUUUCACACAUUCGUCUGCUUCAGUCAGAACUUGCUGGAACCACAUGAAACCUCCACCGUCCAGGAGGCUUCCAGCGAAGUAACCAACCUUCUCAAGAGUGCAGUGGAUCAGGCCUUGCAGCAUGAGAACGGUCACCUUGAUCUUUUUCUUCGCUUCCUCCUUGGCCUCUCGCAGACAUCCAAUCAGACUUUGUUGAAGAGUGUUCUCCCCACACUGGAGAGCAGUUCACCAAGAAAUGAGGAACUCAUUGAAUACAUCAAGGGGAAGAUCAGGCAGAAUCCCUCCCCAGAACGAUGCAUUAAUCUCUUCCACUGCCUCAGUGAGCUCAAUGAUCAUUCCCUUGUGGAGGAAGUCCAAAACUACCUGAGCUCUGGCAGCCUGUCAGAGACCACGCUGUCACCGUCACAGUGGUCUGCUCUAGGCUUUGUGCUGCUGACUUCGAAGGAGGAGUUGGAUGAGUUUGACCUGAGGAAAUAUUCAAGAUCAGACGAAGGUCUUCUGAAGCUGUCAUCCGUGAUUAAAGAAUCCAGAGCAGCCUUGCUCAAAGAAUGCAACCUCACGGAGAAAUGCUGCGAUGCGCUUGGAGCAGUUCUGAGCAGUUCACAUCUGAAGGAGUUGGACCUGAGUGACAAUGACCUGCGAGACUCAGGAGUAAAACUGCUGUCUGCUGGACUGGCGAGUCCAACGUGCCAGCUGGAAAAACUUAGGCUUCCUUUCUGUGGAAUCACAGAGAUUGGCUGUGGCUUUUUGGCUACGGCUCUUCGGUCCAAUCCCUCCUACUUGAAGGAACUGGAUCUGAGUUACAAUCAUCUGGGACAACUGGGGAUAGAGCUGCUGUCCUCUGUACAGAAGGACAUCGAACACCUCACCAUCAGGGUGGACAACAAUGAGGAGUGCUACUUAAAAUCAUCUCUGAAGAAAUAUGCAUGUAAGCUGACUAUGGAGCCGAAUACAGCCCAUUCACAUCUGCGUUUCUCUGAAGACAACAAGAAAAUGACACGAGUGGAAACUGCUCAGCCAUACCCCGACAACCCAGACAGAUUUACAGACUGGGGCCAAGUGCUUUGUGCAGAGGGUCUGAGCGAUCGUUGCUACUGGGAAGCAGAGUGGACUGGGGAAUGGACAGGUAUAGGAGUGUCUUACAAAGGAAUCAGCAGGAAAGCAAAAGGUAACGAAUGUGUCCUUGGCUACAACGAUCAAUCAUGGAGUCUGCGAUACUGUCACGGAAAAUACACUGCCUGGUACAAUAAGAAUGACGCACCCAUAUCUGUCCCCUACUUCAACUCCAAGAGGGUUGGAGUGUUCUUGGACUGGUCAGCUGGCACUCUUUCCUUCUACGCCGUAUCGUCACACACCAUGACUCACCUGCACACUUUCCACACCGAGUUCUCCGAGCCGCUUUAUCCAGGCUUCAGGCUGGGGUUUGCAGAUUCUGCAUUAACUUUGUGUCAGCCAGAAAUGCCUUAAACACUCAUGUUCAUUGUGUAUGUCCAUAGAAAAACAUGAAGGCUUAAAAAUAGGACAAUUGUGUGAACAUUAUGGGGAAAAUGAAGCGUUUACAGACAGCUUUGUGUUUACUUCUGAUCUCUAAAUCAAUAGAAGACCUCUCACUGGGGAUCGUUUGUACUGUGUGUAUAUUUAGUGUAAAACUUCUUACUCUGAAAGGCCACUGCUUUGUAUGCAGCAGGAGACAUCAUCCCCAAGCUUCCAGUUUCCACUUAGCUAUCACAGCUCCUAUGUAUUGAACCCUCCUCUGGGAUAUCUAAGUGUCUCACCCAGGCCGAUCCGAAGGAAAGCAAAUUCAGCCUCUUGAAUCUGCAAUCACAUUGUUUCAUCACUGCCUGGAGGCCAUUGAUUAGAGGUGUAACGAGAUGUAAUUAAUAGUAUCCCCAGUGCAACACCAAGUAUGCAUUGUAAAUCAAACCCAUUGAAUCUGCAGUGGGGAAGCCUGGUCACAGAGGUUUAGCUGACCUUGAUAUUUAGAUCUUACCUUGAAUAUUGUGUAGUCUUCUGGGACAUAAUAGAACAGUGUACAAAGAUUAAACAGGGCACAGUAUAUUAUGGUAUGCAACAACAUUAAGUACAAUCAAAUGCAGGUAUGUCUUUCAAAGGAUCAGGGAAAUAAUUUGAUUAUCCUGUUAGUAAAUGCUUUGGUUUAUUCAACUUAUGACAAAGAAAAAUGUAUUUGUUUGAGUGUAUAACCUGAGAAAGUCAUGUAUGAUUUUAAAAAUACAACUGAUCAAACAAUUCAAGGAGACUGACACCCAGUAGCUAACAUUUUUUUUUCAAUCUUUAGGUUUUAUUUUUUGUGUUUAAACUAUUACAUACAUACUGUAAUGCACUUGAGUUGAUUGACAGGACUGUGAUCAUUGAGUGACAGUGCUGACAGAAGCCAAACAAUGUAAUAAAUAAACAAUUCAUGUCAAAACA